AUGGCUGCAGCAACAGGCCAGGGCGACCCACUGGCCUUGGGCGAGCUGCUGCCGCCCCCACUGCUGCCCGCUGCCUCCUCGCGAGGGAGCCGCUGGGGCGACCAUGAGGAGAUUGCACAGAUUCCCUUUAAAAUCCUUCAAGGACACAAGGAUGCUGUGAGCUCCUGCCAUUUCUGCUGUGAAGACACAAAAAUUCUUUCCUCUUCUUUUGACAGAUCAGUGAAACUCUGGGAUGUUGCCAAAGGUGUUCAUAUUCAGGUGUUUGAAGAAGAACACACAGCUCCUAUUUCUGAGUGCAGUUUGACUCCUGAUAACAAAAGGGUGAUAACAUCAUCAUAUGAUAAAACAGUAAAAGCUUGGGAUAUGGAAACUGGAAAAAUGCUUUGGACAAUAGAGCAUGAAGGCCUUGUAACUUCAUGCAAUAUUUCUUAUGAUGGUAAAUAUGUGGUAUCUGGCUUGGACAAAGAAAAUGCUAUAUGUAUUACUGAUGCAGUAAAUGCAACAACGGUGAUGUAUCUCCAAGAUCAUCACAGAAGCACGGUCACAAGAUGCUGCUUUGAUCCUGAUAACCAGAGAGUGGCUUCAGUCUCAUAUGAUAAGACCAUAAAGCUUUGGGAUAUUGUGGCACAAUCCACCACAAUCACAAUUGAUGAGGGACAUAGCAAUGUCAUCUCAGACUGCUGCUUUACCUUAGAUGGCCGUUACUUAUGCACAGCAUCUUGGGACAGAACCUUAAAAAUCUGGGAUAUAAAAACAGGGGACUUUCGUCAUCAUGGACCUAUUGUCUUGAAAGAAGGUCAUCAAGGUUCUGUUAGUUCCUGUAUUUUUAGCAAAGAUGCAUCUCUUGUGGUGUCUGGAGCAUAUGACAAAAAUAUAGCUGUAUGGGAUAUAAGAACAGGAUAUAAAAAGCUAACUUUACAGGGUCAUGGAGACUGGGUGAUGGAUGUUGCAGUUAGCAGCAACAAGAAAUGGAUUCUCUCUUCCUCAAAGGAUUCUACUUUGAGAUUAUGGAACAUUGAAAAGGCUGAUCAUAUACCUGCAGUGAUAGAAAAUAGGAAAAGAUGCUCACAAAUAGUUCAGUGUGAAGACUGUGAGAAGCCUUUCUCGCUCCUACAAUGCAAUGAUUCUGGUGUGGUAACAAAGUGUGUAUUUUGUCGACUGGCUAUGCCAACAAGAAAUAUCAUGCCGUUGCCACCUACAUGUUCUCCUGAUCUCUAAAUUCAUCCCAGAAAUGUCUAUUUGUUAAUACCUGGGGUAUAUUAAGCAUAUGUCUGUGCAUAUUUGUGAAUAUCUGUAUGUAUUUUAGGCAGACAAGAUUCUUUGGGUAAAUGUUUUAUUAGACCAACUAAAUAGUUG